AUGGACAAAGAAGAGCGCCUGAAGCUCCUGUUUAAGGAAGACCAGGAACUCCUGAAUAGAGCCCUAGGGCUGAAAUUUCCCAUCUGUGGAGUGUCUCCUGAGGCCUUGGCUCCAGCCAAGGCAUCCGCCGAUGUAAGUGUUUCCUACGACUGGAUGACGCCGAUGGAAGUUCCUCUCUUCUUUACUUCAAACGAUAUUGCUCCCCUGUCAUACAUCCGUUCCCGUGUCACUGGCGUGGACCAACUUGAUAACCAGGACCACUCGGGGCAGGCUAUCUUGCCCACUGUGGACCAGAAUGACAGCACCUCCCACGAGCUUGAAGCGGUUGCGCACCUCGACAACGAAGCGAUUGACGUCGAUUCUUCCACCCAGGGACCCGGGUGGCCCAGCGAUGUCACACUUGCGGAGUCUUUCUGUCCCGUGGUUGCCUUGUCUCGUUUCCCCUACCGGUACCUUCGGGGUGAGAUGUCGCAGAAGGUUGCUUCGCGAUUCUUCGAUGGGAAUAAGUUCUGGAACCGGCACUGGGAUUUAUACUUUCUGUAUGUUCCCCCGAACAUCUAUCAUAGGCCCCUGCUCCUCGUUCCAGCUCUGCAGGCCAAGGCAUUGUUGACGCAAAUAAACGCCUUCUACCAUUGCCAGUUGUGCUUCGAGCCUCGAGACCAGCGGGGCUUGCUGCUUUCAUUCCCCAACGACGGAACCCCUCGUCCCAUCUAUCUGGACAAAAGCACGAGUCGCCACGCCAAGGAGCAGUUGGAGUUGAGCAUUCCAGCGCAGCCAGACAACUGGGGUGAGUGGGUGAACAAGUGUGACCCGGAAGCCGCGAAGGCUUUUGAAAUGAAAGUCGAGGCUGCGAUCGAAGCGAUCAAGCAGAAGAAACGAGCCACGGCUAAGAAGUUACAGAAGCAAUUUGAGAUUGAGCAAGAGUGGCGCAACCGCCUGCAGCUGACCAUUGCCCACUUUGGGCUGCGUCCCCCGAUCCAGGAGGCUGGAGGUGAGAAGCAGUAUCUCCCUCCUGUUAAUGUCUAUCGCCCUGUUCCCUGGCCGUUCGAAGACGAGCCGAUCUUCAUCGCCAUUGACAUCGAAUGGAACGAGCGGAUUCCCGAGCAGGUGACGGAAGUUGGCAUUUCAAUGUUGGACACGCUGGACCUGAAGGGCCUUCCGCCCGGCGACUUUGGAACUGACUGGAUCAAGCAAAUCCACUCGCGCCACUUCCGGAUCAUUGAAUUUCGCCACAUUAUCAACAAAGAGUACUGCAAGGGAUGCCCGGACCGGUUUGAUUUUGGCAAGAGCGAGUUCAUUGCACUGGUGGAGCUGCCCACGAUGGUGGAUGCUUGCUUCGUUCCGCCUUACUCGGCCAGUAAAGACCGAUUUGGUGCCGUCCCGGAGUACAGAAAGGGACCGCGCAAGGUGAUUUUGGUGGGACACAACCCUGUCGGCGAUCUGAAGCACCUUCGCGACGCAGGGUGCGCGAUGUUUACCGACGCGGCAAACAACGAGUUUUUCGACAACCGCAAGGUGUACGACACGGCAAAACUGUUCAAGAGCCUGCGAGGCGAAACUGGCAUCCGGUCGCUGAAACACAUUCUGCAUGCUCUGAACAUCCUGUCUAUGAAUCUUCACAAUGCGGGGAAUGAUGCGCACUUUACGCUGGAAGCCCUGAUCCGGAUGGUGCUGGAGGAGUCGGGGGAGACGUCAGACGCGGGCGAGCGUCGAAUCUAA